AUGUUUGUUUUUCAGUGUAACUUCCUCUUUGUUCCUGGACAAGGAGGAGCCACAAAUCCUCUAAAAAGAAGUGGAAAGCUAAAAAUAAUUGUUGGGAGCAUCGGACUGAAGAUGAGGUUUUCUGUGUUUUUUCUUCUGUUGUUAGACGUCUCUCUUCUGAAGGGGCAGCAGAGGGUUGACGAGUUUGAAGACAUUUUGUUGAAACUCGCUUUCCCUUCUUUUUACAAUAGCUAUAAGAAGUCCUGCUGUAAACUCUAUCCAGGAGGAUGUUACAGACUCCUGGACAGCACUGGCUACACCUGUGAUUUACUGAGAGGGAGAGUUACCAAAACCGAGAAGGAUGGUUGGAUCGAAUUCAAAAUAUCAAACGUGCAGGUUGUGGAUGGAGGCUACUACAGAUGUUUUGUGCUGGGCUCCUUUAACCCCAUCUACAGUGACCAUUAUGUGGAGGUCUCAGAAGCUUCAUUUCACCACAGCCGAUCUCUGCCUCCUGUGACAACGGCCACCAACACCGCCACAACCACCCCAGCCUCCAGUGGACCUGCGAUGGCAGAGGACCACGGUGACAGCCCCAGAGUGUCCUGGAGCUUUGGCCUCCCGCUAGCAGUUAUUGUGUCCAUUACAGUGAUGGCUCUGGUCGCAUCAGUGAUUGGUCUUGUUUGCUUCAGACUGAAUGCAAAACAUAAACAGUCAGACAAAUUUGGAGCAACAGAGCGUGAGUCACUGAAACAACAGACUCUGGACACGAGCGGCGUAGUUUACACAACAUUGGACUUCAGAGCUCAGCAGAAACCAGCAGAGGUCUAUGAAAACCUGCCGAGGCACAAAACCCAAGCAGCGGCCCCCAGCCCCACCUGGAACGCUGAGCAUGCUGGGAUGGUGGAGUACUCCACACUGGCCAUCCAGCAGGGACGUCAGAGGGAAGUAGCCUGUGUCACUUAGUCACUGUUUGUACUAAUCAGUCCAUGUAAGGUGUGAAGGUUAAACAAAAAGGUUUCACGAUGAUUUCAGCACAAUAGCAUAAUAUGAAGUGGUUAAUAUUUUUGAUUGUUUAUUCUAUGAUGUGUCCAUAAAGUUCACAGGUUCUUCUAAUUAACUUGGAUUGUUUAAUGUUGUUAAACAAUGUAGUAAACUAAAACUAAACAGUUUGCAUUGAUAUGUUUGUGUUACAGCCACUGCUGAUGAUGAUAUUGGACUUUACAGACAGACAGAUUGAUGCAGAAUAGGAUGUGUAUCGGUGUAUCUGCAUUAAACCAUAAACAUAUAUAAUAAAUUAUACUACACACAUUUAAAUUUCUGAAGGGACUGACUUCAAUGUGAGGAACGUGUUUGUCUUCUAGCUGAUGAACUUCCUUUUCAUUUUUUCAUCUUGUGACGAGAAGCCUAAAAUCAUUUAAGCAACUGGAAAACUAGAAACAAGACUUUUUUUGUAGUGAUGGUGGUGGUUUGUGUAAUAUGUAUAUAAUAUGAGCUAUGCUUUUAGACAUU